AUGGGUUCCUUCAGAAUUUUCGCCACGUACGGCAUCGCGAGCCUGGUGGCCGCAAGGCUAGCGUCUGCCAUGAUGCCUCUCAACCUGAUGAUGCACGCCGUCGAUCUCCACGCGAGACCCGACCCAGAGCAGCGCGUGACGAUGGAGGAAUACGAAAAGAAGUAUCCCAAUAUCAAGGCCUACAACUUUUCGGUACCCGUUGACCAUUUCCAUAAUGAAUCGACUUACGAACCUCAUUCAAGCGACUCGUUUCCCCUGCGAUACUGGCUGGACAUUUCCAAUUAUCGUCCCGGUGGCCCAGUCAUUAUUCUCCAUUCAGGUGAAUUCGAUAGCGAAGGCCGACUUCCAUACCUUCAGCACGGCAUCGUCCCCAUCUUGACCAAGGCCACGGGCGGUGUUGGACUGGUCAUGGAGCAUCGAUACUACGGCACCAGCUUCCCCGUCCCAGACCUCACGACCGAGAACCUGCGUUUCCUCUCCACAGACCAAGCCCUCGCCGACACUGCCUACUUUGCAAACAACAUUGUGUUUCCCGGCUUGGAGCACCUCGAUUUGACUGCUCCUGGGACGCCUUGGAUUAUCUAUGGCGGAUCUUACGCAGGCGCCUUUGCUGCCUUUGCUCGCAAGCUGUAUCCCGAAACAUUCUACGGCGCAAUCUCAUCUUCAGGGGUUACUGCCGCUGUGGAAAAUUACUGGCAGUACUUCGAGGCAGCGCGCCAGUACGCACCCGGCGACUGCGGACCAAACACGCAAAAAAUUACACAAGUCGUAGACACCGUUCUCUUCAGUGGUGACAGCACCAAGGUGCGCAAGUUCAAGGAGAUAUUUGGUCUGGGAGAGCUCGAGGAUGACGAAUUUGCUUCCACCAUCAUUCGGGGCCUCUACGGGCUGCAAUCGACCAACUGGGACCCGGAAGAGGAUGAGACUUCUUUCGGAGUCUACUGCGCCAUCAUCAACUCUGGUAACCGGCUGUUCUCGAGUACCGCCCAUCUCGUCCCAACAGUGGGGGAGCUUGUCAAGGAAGCCGGCUUUGGUCUCGAAUCCGAGGAGCUUACCAGUCGCAUGCUCAAUUACAUUGGCUAUAUCAAAAACUACGUCAAGAAGACGCUCAAGUCGACUUGUAAAAAUAAAUCGGCAAAGGAAUGCUUCUCUGCCCGCCAUGCUCCGAAUGACGUUCGACUCGAAGCCGGCUGGUUACGCAGCUGGGCCUACCAAGUGUGCACACAAUGGGGUUAUUUUGUCACUGGUUCUGGUACGCCCAAGGACCAGCUUCCCAUGAUUUCUCGAGCCAUCACCCUCGAGUACGCCUCUCUUCAUUGCGAAAAGCUGUUCAACAUCACCACUUCUCCUGAUGUGCAGUCCAUCAAUAAACUGGGAGGUUUCAACUUCAGCUAUCCUCGUCUGGCUAUUAUUGAUGGACAAGAGGAUCCUUGGAGAGCGGCGACGCCCCAUGCUAGCGGCCUGCCCGACCGAGAGUCGACUACCAGCGAGCCCUUCUUGCUCAUCAACUGGGGUGUCCACCAUUGGGAUGAGUACGGCCUGCCCGAGGAUGUUCACGUCCCGGGUCUGCCGCCGCCACAAGUUACUCAGGCACACCAGGCUGAGAUUGAGUUUGUCAAGGCGUGGCUGAAAGAAAGGGAGGAGGAAAAGGGAAGCUCGUUACCAGUGCUGGGCCAGGAAGAGGAGAUUAUAGAUGAGCUAUAA